AUGAAAUAUGCCUUUUACCCGGGCUGCGUCGCGCAGGGCGCUGCCCCCGAACUCUACAAUUCGACCAUAGAAGUUUGCCGCAAGCUGGGCAUCGAACUCGACGCAGAAUCGAUGCAAUCUGCGUCCUGCACUGGCGCCGGUGUGCUGCAGGAGAAGAACCAGCGCCUAGGGGACACGCUCAAUCGCGCGCAACUUUGCGCUCGCCGAACGCUCGGGCUGCCGCUUCUCACGAUAUGCAGCACAUGUCAGGGCGUGAUGUCUCAGGCGAACCAACGCCUUACGGCUGACGCCGACUACCUGUCUUCUGUCAACGAGGACCUCGCCGAAGAGGGCCUGGAGUAUAAGGGCACUGCUGAUCCUAAGCAUCUGCUCUGGAUAAUCGUCGAGGAUAUAGGCAUCGACAAGCUGAAGUCGAUGGUGGUGCGCCCGCUGACCGGCUUCAAGGCUGCGCCCUUCUACGGCUGCUAUCUCGUGCGCCAAGUUCGGCGCUGGGAUUUGCAGAGAAUCCGGAACGCUUGGGCGCGCUGGAGCAGGUCAUCGAGGCGGUGGGCGCGACUGUCGUUGACUUUCCGGGCAAGACGCUCUGCUGCGGCUUUCCCAUUCUCACCAUCAACCAGACCAAUUCAAUGA